AGACGGGUUGACGUCAGGGUUUGUAUUUACAUGGAUCCCGAAAACGCUUUCUGAUGUAGUCUACUCUCGUAAUUAGCUCCCGUAUGGAAUGGAGGACAUAUCGGAAGCCUAUGCUAUUCCUGUAAGACCUGAGCCGCAACCGCUCCCCGUCACAUACACACACAACCAACCGGGGUAAGACCUGAGCCGCAACCGCUCCCUGUCACAUACACACACAACCAACCGGGGUAAGACCUGAGCCGCAACCGCUCCCCGUCACAUACACACACAACCAACGGGGUAAGACCUGAGCCGCAACCGCUCCCCGUCACAUACACACACAACCAACCGGGGUAAGACCUGAGCCGCAACCGCUCCCCGUCACAUACACACACAACCAACCGGGAAUCAGGGAGUGCCUUUUUUUGUUUAUUUUCUUUUACGGAGAAAUUGUCUACAGAGGCUCGAGAGGGAGAACAUAGAAAACUCCUUACUGAUAUGGCUGAGGCGAAUAUCUCGGUAACAGAGAGCCAGUUUAGGUGCCCUAUUUGCCUGGAUAUCUUGAAGGAUCCGGUGUCCAUUCCGUGCGGACACACCUACUGCAUGGCAUGCAUGACCUGUUAUUGGGACCAAACCGACCUUGGUCACUACAGUUGUCCGCAAUGUCGGGAAGAGUUCAUACCUCGACCGAUGCUACGGCGGAACACGGUGCUACAAGAAGUAGUGGACAAACUCAAACUGAACGAACUGGCUACGGCGCCGGAGUUGUAUCUAGGCGGUGUAGGGGACGUUCCGUGCGACUUCUGCCCGGUUCAGAACAAACUGAAAGCGCUCAAGUCGUGUCUGGUGUGCUUGGCGUCUUUCUGCGAGCUCCACAUCUUGCCGCACCGCGACGUGGGGACGUUGCGACGGCAUAAACUUGUUGCCGCGGUGGAGAGCUUGGCGGAAAGGCUGUGCGCGCAGCACCGUUUGGGCCUGGAGCAUGGCGGCGGCGACGGGGGCGAUGCGGUGGAGUGGAGUGGCGACUGUAUGCUGUGCGAGUCUGACCAAGAGGAACUGCACAGCAUCGAUGAGCAAAGGGCGCGAAAACAGGUUCAGUUGCAGGAUUCUCAGAGGUCAGUACAGGGAAGGAUCAGGAGUAGAGAGAGUGAGCUGGAAGAGUUUCAACAGAGCAUAGAGGCUGUCAAGGCAUCAGCUGCAUUAGUCCUGGAGGACAGCAAUACCCUGUUUGUGGACCUGGCCCUCCGUCUGGAGAGGACCAGGGGGGAGGUGAGGGCCAGGCUGGAAGCCCAGGAGAGAACUGUCCUGGGCAGGGCAGAGAGAGAGCUGGAGACCCUGGAGAAUGAACUGGAGGAGCUGCGGAGGAGAGACAAGGAAAUGGGCCAGCUACUGAUGAGGGAUAAUGCUCAGUUCUUACAGGAGGCUCCCCUGCUGUGUGUCCUCCCACCCACUGGGCGGCGCCCCCGAGCCCCUCUCAUCCUCCCCGCAGAAGGCUUCAGUGCAGCCCGCAGAGCUCUGUCCCACCUCAGGGCCCGCAUGGAGGAACUCUGUAGAGAGGAAGUGGACAAGAUCAGCCACGCAGUGAACGAGAGCUCCUCUGCCUGUCACAUGUCUGGUGGAGAGUGUUUGAAAGUAGCAGUGCCUGCAUCGUUUCCUCUCUCUCCCCUCUCUCUCCAUCCUUCGGACCAGAGGAUGAGAGUAUCCUUCCUCAGGUGCUCCUGUCGUCUGUCCCUGGAUCCAGACACGGCCCACCCCACCCUGUUCCUCUUGGAGGGUCCCCAGGGGGCUCACUGUGGAGAGGAGCCCCAGUCCUACCCCCUCCACCCCUUGCGCUUCGACUCCGUGGCCCAGGUCCUCUGUAGGGAGGGCCAGUUUGGAGGGGCCAGCUACUGGGAGGUGGAGUGGAGGGGAGGAGGGUGGGUGGACAUUGGGGUGACGUACAAAGGGAUCGGACGAAAAGGAGGUGGAAAACCGUGUCUGCUGGGACGCAAUGAGAACUCAUGGCGUCUGAGAUGCACGCACGCCGGUUACGCCGCGUGGCACGAUAACCGGAAGACGACCGUAGCUGCGCCCCUGUGCCCGCGGAUCGGCGUGUUUCUGGAACACCAAAAGGGAGCGUUGUCGUUCUAUAGUGUGGCGUCGGACGCCGUUUCCCUGCUCCACACGUUCAGGUGUCCGUUCUCUCAGGCGCUGUACCCAGCGUUUCGGUUAGACCUGGACUCCACACUGUUGAUAUGUCCACAUGAAACACACAACGGGAACUAACCUCUAACCUCUUCCCAUCUGAUCUCUUCUGUUGACCCAAUGGGAACCCAUCCUAGACCCCAAACCUAACUCUGCUGCCCUCUCUCUUUCUGAACACCUUCUCUUCACCCAAUGGGAACCCAUCCUAGACCCCAACCCUAACUCUGCUGCCCUCUCUCUUUCUGAAAACCUUCUGUUGACCCAAUGGGAACCCAUCCUAGACCCCAAACCUAACUCUGCUUCCCUCUCUCUUUCUGAACACCUUCUAAUGACCCAAUGGGAACCCAUCCUAGACCCCAAACCUAACUCUGCUUCCCUCUCUCUUUCUGAACACCUUCUGUUGACCCAAUGGGAACCCAUCCUAGACCCCAAACCUAACUCUGCUGCCCUCUCUCUUUCUGAACACCUUCUGUUGACCCAAUGGGAACCCAUCCUAGACCCCAAACCUAACUCUGCUUCCCUCUCUCUUUCUGAACACCUUCUGUUGACCCAAUGGAAACCCAUCCUAGACCCCAAACCUAACUCUGCUUCCCUCUCUCUUUCUGAACACCUUCUGUUGACCCAAUGGGAACCCAUCCUAGACCCCAAACCUAACUCUGCUUCCCUCUCUCUUUCUGAAAACCUUCUGUUGACCUAAUGGGAACCCAUCCUAGACCCCAAACCUAACUCUGCUGCCCUCUCUCUUUCUGAACACCUUCUGUUGACCCAAUGGGAACCCAUCCUAGACCCCAAAUCUAACUCUGCUGCCCUCUCUCUUUCUGAACACCUUCUGUUGACCCAAUGGGAACCCAUCCUAGACCCCACCCCUAACUCUGCUGCCCUCUCUCUUUCUGAACACCUUCUCUUCACCCAAUGGGAACCCAUCCUAGACCCCACCCCUAACUCUGCUGCCCUCUCUCUUUCUGAACACCUUCUCUUCACCCAAUGGGAACCCAUCCUAGACCCCACCCCUAACUCUGCUGCCCUCUCUCUUUCUGAACACCUUCUCUUCACCCAAUGGGAACCCAUCCUAGACUCCACCCCUAACUCUGCUGCCCUCUCUCUUUCUGAACACCUUCUCUUCACCCAAUGGGAACCCAUCCUAGACCCCACCCCUAACUCUGCUGCCCUCUCUCUUUCUGAACACCUUCUCUUCACCCAAUGGGAACCCAUCCUAGACCCCACCCCUAACUCUGCUGCCCUCUCUCUUUCUGAACACCUUCUCUUCACCCAAUGGGAACCCAUCCUAGACCCCACCCCUAACUCUGCUGCCCUCUCUCUUUCUGAACACCUUCUCUUCACCCAAUGGGAACCCAUCCUAGACCCCACCCCUAACUCUGCUGCCCUUUCUUGUUAUGGCCAGAACCCUGCUUUAGCGUUGCCAGGUACCUCUACUCCUCCACUGUGUUUUUUAAAUGAACCUCCUAAAAGCUCCAUCCAACAACUGAUUGUUUACUCAUUGCUGUUGCUCGACAUUUCAGUCAUUUAGCACACACUCUUAUCCAGGGCAACGUACAGGAGCAAUUAAGGUUAAAUGCCUUACUCAAGGGCACAGCAACAGAUUUUUUCACUUAGUCAGCUCUGGGUUUCAAACUGGGCAACCUUUCAGUUACUAGCCCAACACUCUUAACCGCUAGGCUACGUGCCUCCCUGAAAUAUCAACUCAAGGUGUCAACUCAGCAUAGGUCCACGGUAAGGGAUUAAUAAUUUACAUUGACAUCAAUCAAUCAUUUUUGAAGUAUCGAUGCCAAAAAAACUCUAAUCUGCGCUCAACUCCGUGGAGGCGUUGUGUUACUUGGAUAGCCUUACCUCGGCCUAUCACAAGUCACCAAACUAGUGAUGCUGAAAAGACAAUGUUGUUGUGUAAGGAGAGUCUGAACUGAGCAGCGUAUUGUAUGCAUGGCCUCUCCAUUCAAAUAUCAUUCACAAUGUGGCCCUAUUGUAAACAGAGACUUCAGCAGCCAUGAAGCCAUCUUGAUCAAUCACCCUAUUCUAUUGAUCACUGUGACUGUUACUUAACAAUAACAUAAUGUGAAACAUUGCAAUGUAGCCGAAUGUGGAAUGUAGCUAUUUCAAAAUACUAUUAGUUGGAAAGGCUUUGAAUGCCAUUAUAUCAUCAUGAAAGGACAUUGAAGGAAAUAUGUAUUUGCUAUAAAGUGCAUUAUUUCAUGAGUUAUAGUCAGACUAAUAGGGGGAUAGGCUAUGCUGAGUAGCCUAUGGUUUCUAUGGCCCCAUCUCUCUCUACCUCCCCAUUCCUUCAAUAAUUUAUUUCUCUGUGACAAUUACAAUUAAUGUGUAGCUUUGUAUUCAUGUGGGCUGUGUAACUGUGACUGUCUUCAAUAAACCAAUUAUACAUUUUCAA